UCUUACCGUUAGGCUGCCUGUCUUAACGAACAAGGGGAAAUCCAAAACGAUGCUCUCUCAAUGCAGAUGAGACAAGAAUAUUAGCCUCUUAGACCAUACAGUAUUAUUCACCCCCCGCCACCAAAACGGCCACUUUAACCGUAAACAGCGCUGCAAAAACAACAAGGCUACUGUAUCAUUUCAAACUGCUUCUAGUCUAUCAUCCAUCCACAAGGGCCGCGUGCGGUGGACGGGUGAACCACAGCAUCGCGGGCUUCCCCCCCCGCGGAAUUCACUGAACUAACUCCUGAGGCAAACGGAACCAGCAACUUAGACCUUAGAACUAGAUAAACAUUUGGAAAAUGGCAUACAGCAGGCAAGCUAAGGACUUUGUUGCCAUUUCUGAUUUACAUCCAAAUACAACACAUCCGAGAGUGGCUGGAGUCAUCAUUGGAAAAACUGAUGUCAAAAGCUUUCCAGACAGGAAAAGUAUUGGUUUUGACAGAUUCACUUUCGGCUUCACAAUCAAGGACUCGCCAGACUAUUUCAUUAAUGUAUCCUCGUGGGGCAACGAUGGAUACAUCAAUGGGCUCUCUAACAGCUUCCGCAUAGGAGACUGUGUUAUUAUAGAAAAUCCUUUAGUUGCUACCAAAGAUCCUGAGAAAGAGGAUAGAUUCUGCCCCUCAACUCCCAGCUUCUACAGGUUGCUGGUGAGUGAAGCUCACUCCCAGCUAUCAAUAUGCUCUGACAUAGAGACGAUGAACAGGCUGCUGCCUCUGCUCCACCUGCCUGUGAAGGACUCCAGGGACUUCUACUCUCUGGGAGACAUCGUGGCCAACGGACAGAGCCUGGACAGGACCGUCAUUAACAUACUCGCCGCUGUUCGGUCGAUUGCAGAGCCAAAGUUUUUCACCACGGCGGACGGACGCAAAGGGCAGAGGCUAGAAGUGAAGCUCUUUGAUGAUUCUGUCACCUCUUUUCCCUUAGUAUGCUGGGACAGAGAGGCCAUUCAGCUAGUUCAGACUCUGAUACCAAGAGAAACAGUGCUCUUUAUCUCGGAUGCCAGGACUGGUUUUGACAGCUUCCGGAACUGCAUGACAGCUACAGUCAAUUCUAAAACCAUAAUCACUGUCAACCCGGAUACAAAGGAAGCCAGCCUUCUGUUCAGCUAUGCCAAAGAGGUUUCUGAGUCUGGUGUGUUGGAUGAGGAUGACAGGCCUGGAGAUGUGCCUGUGGAUUCUAUCAGUGAUGUGUACACAGUGAGCCAGCUCAAACUCAAAGCCCAGGAGAACCCGGAGGUGUUCUGUGGAAUCACCUACAGCUUCAUCUCCAAACUAGAUCUAGACACCUCUGUCUCCAAAGUCAUCAGAAGCAGGUGUUCCAAGUGCAGGUACCAGGUGAAUGAGGAGAUUCAGAGCUGCUCCAACACAGCCUGCCCUGGGGGAGACCAGCCUCUGACUGUGACCACAGGGUUUGAUCUUCUGGUGGAUGUGACAGACCACACAGGAACCCUGCAGUCCUGCUCCCUGAACGGCACUGUCGCAGAGAAGACUCUGGGGUGCAAUCCCGAGGAGUUUGUGAGUUUAACAGAGGAUGAGCGAACGGCGAUGAAAUGGAAGAUUCUCUUAGAGAGAUGCAAAGUAUAUAUCAAGAUCACUCCCUCUCCCAAAAGCAGAAGUGGAAUGAGAGGCAAUGUCCUGCAGUGUUCUCUCGCUGAUCCAGGAGAAGUGAAGCAGAACAUGUCUGCCCUGCAGUAAUCUCGUUCACUAGUUGUGUGGUUGGGUCCAAGUGUGGCGAGUCCUUCAGUAGCUUUCUCAUAUUAGGUGAAUAAUGGUUGAGAUGCACUUUUGACAUGGCUUGUGGGUUCUAGGCCUAGAUAGAAUGUACACAUUUUUCAUAUUUAUUUCCCUUUAUUUAUUUGGUAUUGUAUAUGUGCUGUAAUGUA